UGGACGACGGAUGGGCUCAUUACUUUUAUUUUCCUUUUGCGCUGGAAGAGAUGGGCUGUCUCUUUACCUCCUUAUCUGGGUCUCAGUUCCACCCAUUGUAAUUGAGAUGGCUGCAGGCCAGUGAACGUCCGCCAUCGUGGGGGUGGCAAGGAGGAAGAGGGACAGAACCUGAAGAGAUAGAAGGAGCUGCUGCGAACGGCAGGCUUUUAUUCUGGAGAGAAACACGUGCACCUCUCUUCUAAUUCACUUUCUGUUAACUUGAGCAGCUGAACAGUUAGGAUCACUGGCUUUCAAUGAGAGGAUUAACGGAAAUUCACUCAAAGGCUUGGACAUUUUUACCGGUGCUCAAUUGGAAGUUGGUGCUGCAGCAUAAUGGGUUACAAAGCGCCAUCCAUGCAUUGUGUCUUACGAUGCCUGUGCUUCAUGCUUCUCCAUUUGUUAAAUGCAGCACAGCAUGAAGACUUAAGAAGUUGUAGGACUGCUCCGUGUGAUUUGGUCUUUAUCCUCGAUGGCUCUUGGAGUGUCGAGGAUGUUAACUUUGAAAUUGUUAAGCGGUGGCUUGUCAAUAUCACCACAAGCUUCAAUAUUGGAGAGAAAUUUACUCAAGUUGGAGUGGUCCAGUACAGCGAUGAUCCUGUUUUAGAAAUACCCCUGGGAAAAUACUACUCCAACAGAGAGCUAAUCGGAGCCAUGGAGUCCAUCGAGUACAUGGGCGGAAAUACGAGGACGGGGACGGCGAUCAAGUUUGCCACAGACAAAUUAUUCGGCCUGUCUGAACGCGGCCCGUUGGGUGUUUCCAGAAUCGCUGUUGUCCUUACAGACGGAAAAUCUCAAGAUGAGGUCUUGAAAGCAGCCGAAGCAGCGAGGAAAAAAGGGGUCAUUCUCUUUGCGAUUGGCGUUGGCUCGGAGACAGAGGUGGCCGAGUUGAGAGAUAUUGCAAACAAACCUCACUCGACGUAUGUCUUCUCCGUUGAAGACUACAAAGGCAUCUCGAGGAUCAUACAAGUCAUACGUCAGAAACUCUGCGAGGAGACUGUUUGUCAAGCAAGGAUUCCCAUCGAUUCCCGGGAUGAAAAGGGCUUUGAUAUUCUGCUACAUUUAAAUUUGGCCAAAAAAGCCAAGAAGACACAGGGAACUUAUUUCGGCACCAAAGCAUAUGAGGUGACGUCUCGUCUUGACUUGAGCGAAGCAACGAGGAAGCUUUUCCCUGAUGGUCUGCCGCCGUCCUACGUCUUUGUCGCCACACUGAGGUACAAGGGUUCCGUGACGAAGGAGGAGUGGGACCUGUGGCGGAUUCAGACGCUCGAUGGGAGACCUCAGAUGGCGGUGACGCUGAAUGGAAUUGACAGUACAGUCAUGUUCACCACAACCAGUGCAGGCCCCAGUGGAACCCAGACGGUCACAUUUUCUCAGCAGACUGCCAAAAAGCUGUUUGAUGAAAAAUGGCACCAGCUGCGGCUGCUGGUCACCGAAGAGGACGUGACUCUCUACGUUGACGACCUGGAAAUGGAAACUCUCUCCUUAGAGACGCCAGUUGGCAUUUUUAUCAACGGUAAAACUCAAGUUGGAAAGUACGUCCGCAAGGAAACAACGGCACCUUUUGAGAUCCAGAAGCUACGCAUCUACUGUGAUCCUGAGCAGAACAACAGGGAGACGGCAUGUGAAGUACCUGGAGUGUGCUCAAACAGCCCCGAUUACAUGGAACCAACUCAAGAACCUUGUGUUUGUCCUCCUGGACCUCCUGGACUUCCUGGAAUAAAGGGAGAACAAGGGCAGAGUGGAAAGCCUGGUCAUCCUGGUCCUACUGGUGCUGAUGGUAAGCCUGGGAUCCCGGGAAUCAGAGGAAGUCGUGGCUUGCCUGGUCCACCUGGCGUGGAGGGUAAGCGCGGUCCAGAUGGAUACAAGGGGGAACGAGGGCAGCCAGGACCAACGGGUGCGAGAGGAUCACCUGGAUUACCUGGACCACCAGGUCAGCUGGGGAGCAAGGGAGCGGUCGGCCCCCCAGGAUUGCCAGGAUCACCCGGAAAGUCUGGCCCAGCGGGCGAAAAAGGAAGUCCCGGACCACCUGGGCCCGCGGGCUAUCCAGGAAAACCUGGGCAACCUGGGAGAGAUGGAAAGGAUGGAGCCCUGGGAUCGCCUGGUCAGAAGGGGGAGGCAGGGGACAACGGUAUCCCCGGCGCUGAUGGAAGGGAGGGUCAUCCUGGCAUGCCUGGCAUGCAAGGGGUUGCUGGCCUCGACGGACAAAAGGGAGAGGUUGGCCAGCCGGGACAAAAAGGACUCAAGGGUUCAAGCGGACCACCGGGUGAAGUUGGUUUGCCUGGUGCUCCUGGACUAAAGGGGCCUGCAGGCUCAAAGGGAAGCCAGGGCGACAGUGGAAGUCCAGGGUUACCAGGACCUGCAGGACCUGUGGGAAGACCUGGGGAACCAGGGCGAGUGGGUGAGCCAGGACAUCCAGGCAUGCCAGGACUCAUGGGCAGCAAGGGACAAAGGGGCGGAGCCGGUGAUCGAGGAGAGGCGGGCUUGAAAGGCGAGAAGGGAGACAAUGGCCGCCCUGGAGCUCAGGGCUUGUCUGGUUCAACCGGAGCUAAAGGAGAGAAAGGAACAGCAGGCGAACAAGGCCCAAGGGGCCUUGAGGGUCAAGUGGGUCGACCUGGACCACCAGGGCAAAUUGGCCAACCCGGUGCACGAGGGCUUCAAGGUGACACCGGUCCACCGGGCCAGCCUGGACCUGAAGGGAGAGCUGCUAAAGAAAUAUCAGACAGCCACAUUCGACAGAUCUGCCGGCAGAUUCUCCAGAGUGAGCUGCCUGUUCUGAUGCGCAGCCAGCAGAGUAGCUGUGCCAGAUGUCACGGUCGCCCUGGAUCGCCCGGGACACCAGGUCCGAUGGGCCCACAGGGCCUCAGGGGCGCUCCAGGUCUGUCUGGAUCAAGUGGGCAGCCAGGACUUCCCGGACGACCGGGUCACCGCGGUAUACAUGGGCUAAAAGGUGAACCAGGUCUAAAGGGGGACAAAGGAAGUCCAGGUCGGGCCAUUACCGGUGACCAAGGUCCUCCUGGGCCACCUGGUCCACUAGGCCCUCGGGGUUAUGGCAAGCAAGGACCUCCUGGUGAGCCAGGUUCUCCCGGUCUAAACGGAGCUGAAGGGAAAAGUGGUAACCCCGGCAUCCCGGGCCAGCCAGGCGUCUGUGACCCCUCCAUGUGCUACGGAGCUAUGAUGAGGCGGAAUCCUUACAGCAAAGGUCCAAAUUAUUGAUGCUCCGAGCAGCUCACAGCUGACAGUGGAACCACAACACUUGAUCUCAGGAAGAUCCCACAAGCUCUCGUGAUUAGACCUCAGUCAUUUCUUUGUCUCGGACCAUAUCAUGCUGUCCAACCCCAGUCAUCAUCAGGUCGCUUGGCCAAGUCUCCACACAGGUAUGAGGAGACCACGCAGACUCUGAUGAGGUCUGGUGCCACCUCAGAAACCACAUGAACAACUGGAGGAUAUACAGUCGUUUUAUUUUACAAGAGGCUUUUGUUUUGGUGCUGAAAAUGUGUGGAGCAUGGAAGUGGGCCUGGGCUGGUGACGCUUAAGCCUCACUCGGGCGCCCUCCAGUGGCAGGUGUAACUAUUUACCCAUAAAGCUUCAGAGAACACCCAUUUGUCAUUCAACAUUCCUUUAGGUGUUUCAUUUUUCCCAUCACUCCAUCAUAGAUAAGGCUGCUGAACUGCAGAGUGUAGUGGUCCUUUGAACUUGGUGCUCUAUACCGUUAAAAUUUAAACCACAGAACACAGACGACAUUUUUCUUUUUUUCAUGUAUGAGGAGCUUUACUGUAGCAGUAUUUUUUGUUAUUUAUAAAUGCAAUUGUAAUUUUACAUGGACAUGCCUCAAACAUAUAUAUAUUUUUUUUUUUUCAAGAUUUUGUGUG